GAGGCGGGGCUUGGAUGGGGCGGGGCUGAGGCUCCCUUCUGAGGUCCCGGUCCUCCCCGCCGCGACUUAACCCCGGAAGCAGGGUGGCGGGCUCCUGUGCUGUUGCGGCGGGGGACUGCGGCGCGAGUCUCAGUACUUCACCUAAGGGAGGCAAGACUCAUGAGCUUGGAUGUUCAUUUCCUCAUCUCUUUGGUGGCUUAUCAGAGAGCUGACCUGGCAGGUCUCAGCUCAAAGGAGGAUCAGACUGAUACCAGCCUGUGGGCUCCAGCAGCUCCUUCCCAACAAGGCACUUCUUUAAGCAGUAACAGAGGAAGCAGCAAUGUUUCACUUCUUCAGAAAGCCUCCAGAAUCUAAAAAGCCCUUGGUACCAGAGAGAGAAGCAGAUGGAUUUGUCCUUUUAGGAGAUACAGCUCAUGAGCAAAGAGUGGCAGCAAGAGGCAAAACUUCAGGCAUAGAAGGCAAUGAGACUUUGGAGAUUGGCAAAGAAAACUCAUCCAGUGUGACUGUAGCAGGCCCCGAGAUGGAAAAUAAGGCAGGCCAGACUCUGGAAAACAGCUCAUUAAUGGCCGAGCUUCUGAGCGACGUACCCUUCACCUUGGCCCCGCAUGUGCUGGCCGUGCAGGGCACCAUCAGUGACCUUCCCGACCACUUACUCUCCUAUGAUGUCAGCGAAAACUUAUCAAGGUUUUGGUAUGAUUUCACUCUUGAAAACUCAGUGCUCUAUGGUUCGUAAUCUUUAUGUCUGUUUGCACCUUAACAGCUUUAAGGCAAAAGUUUGCCUCUUUUAUUUAACCUGUGUGAUGUUUUUUGACAUUUCCCUGUUUAAAGGCCCUUAAAGGCCCUCAGAAAAGCAAGGAUCAUAAAGCAAAUAAUAUUACAUUCAUUGCUCUAUUUUUUUUAGAAUAAAGCAUAUUUGUAUAAAAAGUAAACUUAAGAUCUACUACUUCCUUUUCCCCCUAAUAAUAAAUACAAAUAUUAAUUUAUCAAGGUUUUAUGGAAGGAGUAGAUUCCGUCAACCGGUCUCUCAAAAUACAACACCUCACAUUUAUCUUAGAAAAACUGUGAAAAAGAACUGAGGCAUUUUUCUUAGUUACCACAAGAAACUGAAGAAGUCUCCACUUAGAGGGAGUGUGAUUUCUCUUCUCUGGUUUGGAAGAAACUUACUUAAUGUUUUCCCCUUUCUCCUUCCACUGUGUUUAUUAAUGAAUUCAGAAAAAAAAAA